AUGUCGAAUACGGGAAGAGGAGCUACGAUCUUGCCUUCGAAUUCAUGGUCGUAUCUUGUUGGUGGAGGACUAGGCGGAAUGUGCGGAGCCAUCGUCACAAGCCCAUUUGACGUCGUUAAAACCCGUCUCCAAUCCUCCCUCUUCAAAUUAAACACAUCCCCCGCUCUCCUCUCCUCUGCCUCCUCUUCCGCCUCCGCCGCCUCCCUCUCCCUCCCCCUCGCAGGCCUCCCACACCAUCACCCCAGAGCCACCAACCUCCUCUAUCACUUCGUCGAAACAGGACACAUCCUCAAAGACAUCUACAACCACGAAUCACCACGAGCCCUCUUCAAAGGCCUCGGUCCAACACUCAUCGGCGUCAUCCCCGCGCGGUCUAUCAAUUUUUGGACGUAUGGGAAUGGGAAACAUGUUUUUGCGUCGCAGUUCAACAAUGGGGAGGAGAAUGCGUGGGUCCAUUUGAUGAGUGCCUCUUUGGCGGGUGUCGUUACGGGCACGGCUACCAAUCCCAUAUGGGUCGUUAAGACUCGGCUGCAGCUUGACGCUGCAGGUGGGACUGGGACGGAACAAGGACAGCAGAAGAAGGUUUUCGGGUCCAGUUGGAGUUGUAUAAGACGGAUAAUGAGGGAAGAGGGUGUCAGGGGCUUCUAUAAAGGGCUUAGCGCGAGUUAUUUGGGUGUUACGGAGACAACGAUUAUGUGGGUGCUUUAUGAGCAUAUGAAGAGGGCUGCGGCGCUUGAGAAGAAGGGGGGGUAUCAGGAGUGGUUUGGGCUGUUGGGCAGUGCGGGGACGGCCAAGUUUGUGGCCAGUUUGAUUACGUAUCCUCAUGAGGUCCUCCGCACCCGCCUUCGUCAACCAACAAUCAACAACGUCCGUAAAUACACCGGGCUCCUACAAACCCUCAAACUCGUCCUCGCCGAAGAAGGCGUCCGCUCGCUUUAUGGAGGGUUGAGCGCGCAUAUGAUGCGCGUCGUGCCGAAUGCGGCGGUUAUGUAUUCGAUAUAUGAGGGGAUUUUGAAGUGGGGUGAGGCGUAG